AUGGCACGAGGUAUCUUCGCAGGGAAAGCUCGGGUGCCGCAGCCGACGGAUUUGAUAUCGCAACCAGUCAUUACCUAUACCGACGCCCUGCCGCGAAAGGAUCUUCUGGCUAUUGAACAUGCCUCCGAACAAAUGCCCCCGCGGAGGACUGCGCAAUGGGAUUUCCAGCGACCGGGGACUCCAGAUAGACGCAACCUUCCCCCAAAAUUCCAGAACAUUGGCACCGGGUUUAAUUUCGAAGUGAAUGAACCCCACUCUCCAGCUACCCUGUCACCAAGAAUGGCUGAUAGUCAGGUGGGUGGGAUUGGUGUCGCGCUGGGAAGCCCGACCUUGGUUGAUGUCCAGCAAAUACACGCUCUUUCUCAUGAACAAUCUAGCCCUGCCUCUCCAGCUGCCAGCGGACAAGAGGCACGAAACAACUAUCCCACCCGAAAAUCAAGCAAGUGGAGGAAGAUCGGAGGCCUGUUCAGAGCGAAGAACGCCUUGGCACCGGUGCCCAAACCUCCAUUCUACCAAGUCCGAACCGGUGAACCACACAUACAGAACAUGUCUGUAUCGACCGGUAUCCAAUCUCGCACCGAGCUUCCCCCCGGUUUCCAGUCACCACAGAGACAGCUCGCCGGCAUACCAUCGAAGCAAAGUAUAGUCCCUAUAAACGGGGCGGAAACGGAGUGGCCAAGCCCCAAACCCAAACAGCCAGAGCAUCGUGAUGAUGGGUUUAAAAUCAAUGUUCAAGAUAUGUCUAACAAACCAGAGCCCCGUGUGCCUGCUCCAGGACAACAGGCAAACAAACCCGGGCUGCUGUUAUCAGUUGAUAUCCCUAGGGUGGAAAUGGAGCGAUAUAGUGUUAUGUUUAGCGGCCUGUUGGACAGGCAAAAGUCGCCCCUUGUGACGAGGCGCAGCAUGACCCUCGAAGAUGUGACUAUCGGCAAGGCAGAGCUGCCAUUGCCAUCGCCAGAGCUUACUCGCCAGCCAUUCCAGCGGCGAGCCACAUCACCGACACCCAAUCUCACCUUGUUCCCAACACCACCGACAGUCAGCAAACCUUCAAAGAUAUUAGGCUCGCAGAACAUCCCGCACGGCCCGGAUCUGCUACAGCAGAGAAUGCGAGCAGCUUCUGCAAGGCAACCACAAGCCUGUCCAAACAACAAAAGCUAUGAUGACCUCUCGAUCAAGGUCCCCAGCCAUUCGGUCAAUAUGCGCAUCUCGCAUAAACCACAGCGCUCGGAAGCAUCCAUACGAUCCGUUGCUUCUAGUCAUUCCGGACAAGACGAGCAAGCCCUGGUCGAUAAGCUGAAGAAAAUCAAACCAUACGUCGAUACACAUAAUGAACCUGAUUGGGAAAUGGUGACUAGAGAGAGGCCUGGCAGGACACCACAGACGCGGCCUUCCGGCCCGCGCCUCAAGCUAAUUACCGAAGAUCUGCCCCCGGUGCCACCGACAUCCCAGCUCUCUACACAUUCAGUAUCGCCACUUGAUGCAGUACAGGGCAAGGUUGACCGAAUCAUGAUGGGCUCCCGACCGCGCACAGCAUCUGUGGGCACACCCACCACCCAGAGAAGGAUGAUGGAACACAUGGUGGCCUCCCCGACAGCGAUAUCUCCAGCUGAUUGGGAAACGCAAGAGCGCGUCAACCAGCUCCUUGGCCCCGCGGUGGUUCGACCUUCCGCCUCGCAUGUGGACCAGGAAGUACGAAACAGGGUCGGCCAGAUCAUGGGCCCCAGCUUGACGUGGCCCCCGCCGUUGAAUCGACCUCAAACCGCCGCCACUGUUCGAUCCCCCCAGCAGCCGGACUCGUUCUCCGACUACGAAUCCCAGCUCAUAAAAUCGCAUCGAAUUGGCGAAAGCCCGACAACAGAUCGGUCAAGGUCAAGAGGAUCUCCUGCGUGCUCAACGCGCCUCCCCUUCAGCGACGAUGACAACGACGACAGCGCCGCACCGGAGGAGGAGGAGCAGCAGCAGCAUCACGAUCCCGUCCCCAAGAUCGAGGUGUCCAUUGCCCGCUCCAUCUCCGUGUCCCGAGGCAAAAAGAAACAGAUCGUCGUAGGCCAGCGUGCCGACCGUCUGCAUGACAAUGAGCGGCUCGUCACCCGCUCCAUCACCGCGCCCAAGGCUUUGGACGUCCAGUACGGCCAUCGUCACCAGCGGUCGCAGGAUGCGCGUAUCGAGACGAUCUCCACGGCUAGCACGUGUCCUUCGCCUGUGAUACCUCCGGAGGAUCGGUUUGCGAGCAAUGGAAUUGCUGUUUAA